UAUUUUGGUUCGUAGACAAGACCGUGAAAAAUGCCACAAAAAAUUGUCUGUACUUCGGCAUCUCACUCGUUCUCAUCAUAUUCUGUUGCAUCGAAAUCGGAUGCCAACUGUACAUGGUUACCCAAAAGCCAACGGUUUCACAAUUCUUCACCUUCGGCCCGAUGUUUUUUACCUCUUUUCACGUGCUUUGUUCUGUAUGCCCAGUGGUAUUCCAGCGGUAUCACUAUAAACAAAUAUACCGUGUUUACAUGAACCUGUGGCCCUUAAAAGUAGCUGACCAGCAAGGCCUUAAGGAAAUCAAGUAUCUGUUUAUUAAAGGUUCAUGUAGUGUUAUCUUUUAUGCUCUAAUGGCUUCUAUAAUCAGCAUUGCCUACUUGCCUCUACGAGGAUUGGAUUUCGAUAGAAGUAUUUGGCCAGCUAUAGCAGCCCUUAAACUGUUAAAAGAUGGACCCCAAUCAUUGAUUUACGCGGUCAUAUUCAUGAAUUACGGAUUAGUAUUUGCAAAAGCGUAUUAUCUGGCCAUAUACGGGAUGCAUUUAAUGCACAUGUGCACCCUCUAUGCUAUUCAGAAUAUCUUGUUAAGAAGGAGAAUUGAUUGUAUUAAUAAUGAUAAUGAGGAUAUUUCACCGUUGGUACUUAUCGACGAUAGAAAGUAUCAGGAGAGAGUUAAAAGAGAGUUGAAAGAAUGUAUUAAGUUGGAUAUAAAGUUGAAACGAUUUUCGACUUCGCUUAUAGAUUACUUCAAGUGGGUUAUGAUUAUGCACGUAGGAAACGCAAUUAUUAUUUUAAGUAUGCUGUAUUAUGUUAACCUUUUUAUGAAUGGAGGCUAUGAUCCCUUAUCUACGAGGUGUUACGUACUAGGAGCAAACUUAAUGGCAGUCUGUUAUGCUCAUUAUUCUGAAAUAUAUUUUGAGCAGACCGAUUUAAACAGAAAUGCCCUUCUCAAGACCCCUUGGUACACAUUUAACAAUAGUAACAGAAAACUGAUGCUGAUUUACUUAAGCAAUCUUUCAAGGCCCCAAUACAUAUCUGCCGGUGGGUUGCUUGAUGUCAAUUAUUCGCUUCUUAUUGUGGUGAUGCACAAGUGUUUUAAUAUACUCACCAUUCUAAAGACCAUGUCACCUGAGGGGAUUUAGUAACACAUGGGCACUAAUAUUAUCGAUUAUUUGAACACCCUGAUGACUAUACAAA